AAUUAAACAAUACUUCCCAACAUCGUGCUCAAAACAAAAUAUCUAGCGGAAGAAGUCGGCGGGAGCGCACCGGAAAACGGAAGACAAACUUUUUUUUUAGUUGUAGUGGUCCCCCGGAAACUUAGACCCCGAUGAAAGGUUCUGGCAAUUGGCAGUGAAAACAACGAUGAAAUAGCACCUGGCUGCUGUUGGCCGUUUUUCACAGAGAUGUGAUUAAGAUAAAAAAAAAUCCACUGAAGCUCCCAAACAGCCAUGGAGGAUCCAGACAGGACUGGAAACCACCGACAAGACAUCGCAGGUGUUGAGGAGGAGAAGGAUCAGUCUACAAAUGAGUCUGCACGUGAAGGAGAUGGUGAUCAGGCUGAGGAGAGCUCUGUGCCUCUGACAGAUGAUGCGUGGAGUCAAGAUGAGCUCGGCAAGCAAAAUGAAGAGAAGAGUGCUGCUUCCCCUCCACCAGACCACGGCACAGAUGACUGUGAUGGCAGAGGAGCGGAGAGAGAUGAUGGGCCAACAGUGUAUUCAGAGGAGAUUGCUGCUGAAGAGGACCAACUGGAAGAGGUGACAGCAGCAACGGCGGGCAACACAAACCACAAUCAGGUAGACGGUCCCACAGCAGUGCUCCAAGACACAAACAAUGAGGAAGAAGAUGUUGCACGAGGCUUGAACACGGACUUGAGUCCUGAGAAAGUCUCGUUGGAAGAGCCAUUAGAUGACCUAAGGAGUAAAGUGGAGACCAUUGGCCCGACUACUCAGGAAGCCGAUUUAGCAACAGAAGUCACUGCCAGUCCUGGAGGUAGAAGAUACCUGAUAGCAGUUGGCAUGGUGGUACUUGUCGCCAUCCUGGUACAGUAUCUCCUCCAGCCUGAGCCUCCCAUACCAAGCAGUGCUUCGCAGAUCGACAUUUUCCUUCGGGAAAUGGACAAAGUCAAGACUCGCUUCCCUCAGCAGCGUCCAGAGCUGUGGAGCCGGAGCAGGAUCCACCUAAAGAGGCACCUCCUGGCACCCCAGCCCAGUGAGCCGGUCAGUCUGAUCUUGACAGCGGGAGUCUCAGGCAGGACAACGCUGCGCUGCCUGGCCCACGAACUGUCCUCUGCCUUCUCUACCGCCGUCAACGCUACCGUCCUUCACAUAGACGGCGCCAGCAAAGUCGGAGAGGACAGUGACCAGGUGAAGCUGGAUAUCGAUGGGCAGCUGCAGGGAGCCUUUGAGGGAGACAAACCUGUGGCGGUCAUCCACCACUUCGAGCAGCUGCCUCCAGGCUCCACACUCAUUUUCUACCGCUACUGCGACCAUGAAAAUGCUGCGUACAAGAAGACGUUUCUCAUCUUCACUGUUCUGCUGGAGGACGAGAAGGAGAUUCCUGUCGGGGCUUCUCUUAGCACUGUGGAGGAGAUGGUAGACGAUCACCUCCAGAAGAAGUUCCUCUCCCAUGACCACCCUGUGGCCUUCGACAAAAUGGACUUGGACAAGUACGGUGGACUGUGGAGCCGAAUUUCUCACCUCAUCCUCCCUGUGGUGGCAGAAGGAAAGAUGGAGCAGGAAGGCUGCUAGUAGAUGCUAAGUUGUAUCCACCUUGGUGACCCUUGUCGAUGUUGGUAGUGGCCAAUUGACAGCUUUGUUUCUUCACAACACUACCUUCAAGGCAACCAUCACACUUAUGAAGCUACAGCAAACUUUUAAACCUUUUAAAAACGUUUUUUUUAAUCAACUAAGGAGCACAUUUAUGAAAUGGAGUGGCACUCAGUGGAGGGCAGACUUCUUCCAAGGCCAACCAAUACUAUUUUAGAUCAGUACAGCAUCUCUGCACAUAUCUCAACUUUGGCUAUCAAAUUUUCACUGUCAAAUGAAGGAAAUGUGUUUUUUUAAAUGCACUCAUAUCGUCAACUAUAAAUCUGAAUUAAAAUUGUUUAAAAUCUUUGACUGGUUACAGGAAAAAAUAUAUUUCUUCUUCCAUAAUCCUAUGAAAUACCAAAUGAGGGGUCAUCAGGGGUUGAUGAGGUGGCUUAUGUGUUGCUUACUUUUGUAUGACAUGAAAUGUGUAAAAUAAAAUGAUUAGUAAUUUAA